CCUCGCCAGGCUCGAUCACACUAAUCUAUGAUACAUCCAUCAAUCUCAUGAGUAUAGAGACCAACGCUGUCUAAGCGGUGACUGCUUGCUACUUAGUAUUCCAUGAUACCAUGGUUCGACAGUACAUUUCCCACAGCGAGACGUCACAGAUGAGGUUGGUGAACUCGGUUGUUACCUCCUGAUGAAGGUAUACUCAUUCGAGUGAGUCAUUCCUGGAUUUCCUCGUUUGCACUCCUCCAGUUUUGUCUUUCGUGCUCACCAUACACACUUGUCUGUUCAUACCGAUACCAACAAUCUAUCUAUUGUCACGCAACUUACGACGGAUCUAUUGUGCUCGUCCGCUAUUGAAUAUUUUACUACACCGCUAGGAUGGCCGCAUCACCGUUGGGACAGCUGGGAAAGCUGCCUUAUGAAAUUCGGUUGGAUAUCUACGAAAAGCUGCUCGCGAUGAAGGACUCCUCAAUCGCCAUUCUUCAUACUUCGCGAGCAAUCUAUGAGGAAAUCUCCGACCGCCUCAACGACACUCUGAGCUUCCAUCUAUCGCCAUUGUUCGAUACCCCCUGGAUUGAGGUGUACUGCAAGCGACUGCGAGGGCGCUGGUCCAUCCCCAACCAUUCCCCGGCGUGCCAACAGAGGUUCGCACGGGCCCCAUAUCACAAAAUGCAUCUGGUCAUCCAUCUCUACGCACCCGACCCACGAGACCCAGGCCAAAUCGUCCUGCUAUGGCAAAAGGCUCAAUACCUGGUGGAUAUGCUCGAGAGUGCCACGAUUGCCUCCGUCGUGAUCUGCUUGCGAGAACACAAAGGUUGCGACUGGCAAGAGGGUGGCCACCCCCUAGAGAGCAUCCCUUAUCCCACUCACUCUCAUCCCGACCACCACAUUGUCUUUCUACCCUUCUGUCGCCUAUCCAAUGUGUUGACCUUCCGGGUGGUCCCAGAUACUCGUCGCAUGGACCGAGUCACCGACUGGAGCCUGAUCAAUUAUGGUCGGGACUUUAUCCUGAACAAUGUAUACCAGAACUACAACGAUGGCCUUCUUAGUCAAGACCGGCAGUACCGAGAUAUUGUCCGAACGUUCGACGAUGUGGACGCUCGGAUCCGAGAUACCGACUGCAGACUCCUGCCCGAAGACGCACAGCGCCGGGCGUUCCAGAACAAAGUGAGCGACAAUCGAAUUGACGCGAGUUUCCAGACAAGCAACGAGCAGAUCUCUGUCACCUUCCUUCCUGUUCCUGGUCAAACGCGGAUGAAGCACAAUGUGUCAGCCCCACCUUAUGUGUAGCGGGCACGGGCGCGACUUCCCUUUCAACGAGGGACAACCAGGCCGACGCCCAACGCAUAUCCCAACGGGGUCUCUUGCCCCAUUCUCUGCUUUCUCCUCUGGUAGCUAGCAUCAAAUAUGAUUUUGUUUUGACUCAUUGUGCGAGCAGUUUCCUAGUAUUCUUAGAGCCUCAUCGCGAGCACGGCCACUUCAGGGCCUUGAACGCGCCAGUAUGCCCCUAUGGAUGCCCAUGGAAAGCCUGCCCCCGCGCCAUUGCCCAUCGUGGAGUUUGGAAGUCUGCAGGGUGCCCGUCAGUUUCAAGAAAUCUACAUCCUCGAGAAGAGAUAGAAUGAUAUGAUAUGAGUGUAGAGAAAGGUGGUUGUUGAAAACUGGGGGAUCUCGUUCUAUGUAUCUGGCUGCCAGUCAAUGAAGGCUGCCUCUUGUUGAGGGGAAUCAAGAUAUUAUAGGAUGAAAG